AUGGUCAAACCUCACAUGACCUGUGGGAACGAUGCCCAAGCCCACGCUCACAAACCAGCAACUAAACCACACCUAUAUCAAACCUAUACCAUCCCUUUCAGAAUCUCGCGCCCGUCAACCCGUCUCAAGUCCAACGCGACAAAUCCUGCAACCAAAAAUCUGCCCAACAUCGGUAUCACAAACAGAAACCCCGACUACGCCAACCACAUCCAGCGAGGGUGCGAAAACGAUGACUCCAACGCCGAGUGCCCAACCACGCCGUCAACGACAAAAGCUGCCAGCAGACUUGGACACUGCCCCAUCCAUUCACGCAAGUCCGACACCAACGACGGGUCGGGUGAAUUCCAGCACAAGCGACCACGACGCGAUACACAUGGCAGGGCGUGGGAUGGCGCCCCUCCAGGUGGGAAAUGGUGGGGCUGGGAAGCUAGGGGAUCCAAGUCGCGACUGUGUUGUCUUGACCUGUUUGACCCCGUCAAGAAAAAGGUCAAGUCAAAGGGUCAGUCAAGAAUUGACCAGUACAAGUGUCAAGACAAGCGUAGCAAUAAUGACAUUGGACACGGAAGGGGUACCGAAUACGCUAGCUCAAAGUGGGAGGGCAUGAGUGCUGAAGCGCUGAAAUCUAACAAACACACACAUGCUAAAAAAUAUCAUGUCGGCGUGUACAUCUGA